CUGUUUGGUAUUUCCCGUUUCCGACGACCCUGAAGGCAGCAUUUCAAACGACAGCACUAGCUGUUACGGCGGAGAAAUAACUAUCGAGAAACAGCGGCGGUGUCGUUAAAACACAAUAAUCUUCAUCAUGUCAACCCUUGGUCCAGAAGGCUCCGGGGCAGCCUCGAGCAACAAGCGUCUGCAGCAGACGCAGGCUCAGGUGGAUGAGGUGGUGGAUAUCAUGCGUGUUAAUGUGGACAAAGUGCUGGAACGUGAUCAGAAACUGUCGGAACUGGAUGACCGAGCAGAUGCACUGCAAGCUGGAGCUUCCCAGUUUGAGACCAGUGCUGCUAAGCUAAAGAGGAAAUACUGGUGGAAGAACUGCAAGAUGUGGGCCAUCCUGAUAGCUGUCAUAGUCAUCAUCAUCGUCAUCAUCAUUAUUUGGUCUAGCACGUAAAACAGCCAGCGGAUGAGACGUGGAGGCCAUGAUGAAGAGCAGAGAAAUGGGGCAGUGUGUGAACAUCAUGCCACAUAAAUCACAAAGAAUAUCUCACAUUGGUGGCUGCUGACCUCCACACGAAUUAUCUGCAGGGGUCUUCAUUCCUUGUCCUGCUUUGUUUUGAAUUUAUGUACGUGUAUUAAGGUUGUGCCAGAGUUGAGGUUUGCCAAAGUUCCACACCUUUAAAAGAAUGCACCAUGGAUGACAUCAGAACAUUUUAAAAUAAAAAAAAAACUAUACCACAUUCCAAAACAAACUGCCAGAAAAGUUACAAAAAAUUUGUUAAGAAGUAAAACUCUUCUAAAGUCUAUAAGAAAUAAAAACCCUUACUCUAUGGCAAGCAUGCACACACAUAGAUUUGAACUUCAAGACUGGUAUGAAGGUUAUUGUUGUAAAUUUAACUCGGUAUAUAUUUACAUUUUCACAUUUUAUUAAUAGCAUUGUAUAACAUUUGGAAGGCUAAAAAAGUAACAUGCCUACAAAGAUGUUCUGGUAGGGUUUAGAGCUAAUUUUCUUACCAGUUUAAAGACGUUUAACGGCAGGGCUUCCCUUUUAUUUUCUAGAUAUCGCCAUCUUUGGCAAUGGUUACAGUUCAGAAGUGAAUAGCUAAAUCUAAUGCGUCGCUUCAUUUUUCCACACAGUUCAUUUCUUUGUAAGAAAAUUCUUUUAAAAAAGAAAUUUAACCUUAAAUCUUCUUCAAUAGGAUGCUAACUAACCUUGUGGUCACUCCUGUCUUUCUUCAGCUUAUUUUGGACACCACUCCCUUUGCUGUGCAGCUGGUUUGAACUUGUUUUUUAACGAGUGCCUGCAUGCCGAGACCAAACAGCCCGACUCGGGCAGCCUCAAAAUAACAACAGUCCACAUAACGUAUUAUCCAUUUUCUAGAUUGUAUCCAACACUUUUUUGUGUGUGAAAUAUCGAGGCAUAACAGUAUUAGAAUGUAGCUUUUAAAAUAAUAUUCUUUUUCUCAAUGAAGAAGAACUGCCAAAAAUACAGCCAUAUUCCAACUGCUGCCAUUUAAAAAACAACAGUGCCUUUCUAAAUGUGCUUAAGCCUUGCAUUCAUUAACUCAAGUGAACCUGGUUUUUGGAAAAAAUAUUUGUAAUAUUACAUUUUGUUAUUAAAUUGCUUUCAUUUUUCAAUAACUCAAUGAAUAUGACACCUAUUUUAUUUCUUGGUGGGGACUUUGAUGUUGCUACUAAUAUGUAUUUUCUUUAUAUAUAAAUAUUAUCUUUACCAAGGACAUUAUAAAUUAAAUAAAAAAUGAAACCUGCAUAAAAAGUUCAUAACGAAUGUACUAAAUUCAAAGUUACUGAGGUGUAGCAAAAGUAAAUUAAAAGUAAAAAUAUAAAGGCAAACCCAGACUUAAACCAUGAACCUGGACUUGCACGAUGCAGCUCAGUUCAGGGCGACUCGGUGCUGUAAUGCUUUUUUAGAGGACGGUCUGUAAGACAAAUAGACCAACUGGGCAGGUGGGCUUACAAAUAUUGGAAACGCCUCAUUGGCACUGCACUUAUGAGAAGCCUUCGGUUCAGCGUUCAUACAGACUUAAUGGGCAACUAUACAUUUUUCAAAGAUUUGUAACACUGUCUCGUGUUGAUGGUGCGUUGAGAACAACAAGAACAUCCAUAUUUUAAAAUACUAAAAAAAAAAAGGUUUUCAAGGUCUGAUUUAACUCAGACCAGUCUGAAAGUCUUCCCAACAGAGAUAAUUACUGAUACCGUGCCUUUUUGACAUUCUACCCCUGUUCAGGUAUUCAUUCUUACACCAACACUGGAUUUGUGGUUUUGUUCAUUUUGAAAUGUUAAUGUUUUGAUGCAUAUUUUUAGAGCAUCUAGUUUUUUCAUCUUCAGUUUGAUUUGCUCUUUCUUUUUCCUUGUUUCUAUCAAAUAUAGAUAAACUGCUGCCUUAAAUAAAACCUUUAGACCAAUGAAAUGCUUAUUUCAUUUCAUUUCUUAUAUGCCUUUUUUUAACCACUUACAUGCUUUCCUAUUUUUAAUCUGCUGUUUCCCUCUUACAAUUAAUUUACAUUUAACUCAUGAGCUUCGCCAAUGUAUACUCUACUGGGAAUAUGUUUGGAAAAAAAGUGCAAUUUUCUUCUGUGGCCUAAAUUAUCCGUUUGAAUAAAAACUAAUAAAGUCAUUUCUAAAUUA